AUGACACUAAGCCUGUUUGACCAAUUUUUAAGCCCUGUUGUAUGUUGAAUUCCUCUAGUGGCCAUCGCCAUUAUAUUACCCUGAAUUCUAUUCCCUAGCCCAACAACUCGCUGAGUAAACAACCGAAACUUAACCUCACAAAACUGAUUUUUAGGACAAUCCACCUCACAAAUUUUCUCACCUAUCAACCCAAGCGGACAUAAGUGAGCAAUUUUAUUAUCAUCCCUAUUGAUUUUUCUCACUACAAUAAAUACAGCAGGCCUACUACCAUACACUUUCACACCCACUUCCCAAUUAUCCAUUAAUAUGGGUUUUGCAGGUGCUCUAUGAAUGGGAAUUGUAAUUUUGGGAAUACGAACCCAACCAACUCAUUCCCUCGGCCACCUUCUACCUGAAGGGGCACCCGCGCUACUAACCCCAGUUCUAGUUAUUAUUGAAACAAUUAGCCUUUUUAUUCGUCCUAUUGCCCUUGGGGUUCGACUUACAGCUAAUUUAACCGCUGGUCACCUCCUUAUUCAAUUAACCUCUACAGCAACCCUUGCCUUAUUAACAAUUAUGCCUAUUACAGCAAUCUUUACCGGCGUACUUCUAUUUCUUCUUGCCCUUUUAGAAGCAGCAGUUGCCCUAAUCCAGGCAUACGUUUUUAUUCUCUUAUUAAGCCUAUAUCUUCAAGAAAACGUUUAA